GAGGCGGUAACAGAAAGCUUUAGGCAUAGGCGUCCUGAUACUGUUUACGAAAAUGAAGUGUACAGGUUUUCCUAUGUGGCGAGCUACAUCCAAUGGAGAUUCAUCCCUCUUUUCGUCUCUUAACAUCGGCAGACCCGAUGCUUCACUUCCCUUUGAUGCGGCCCCAGUUGAUGGAUUCUGACAUGGACUAUGAGAGACCAAACGUUGAAACUAUCAAGUGUGUGGUGGUCGGGGACAACGCUGUGGGGAAGACACGCCUCAUCUGUGCCCGUGCCUGCAAUGCCACCCUCACCCAGUAUCAGCUCCUUGCCACCCAUGUGCCCACAGUAUGGGCCAUAGACCAGUACAGAGUAUGCCAAGAGGUUUUGGAACGUUCUAGGGAUGUGGUGGAUGACGUGAGUGUGUCCUUGCGCCUGUGGGACACUUUCGGGGAUCAUCACAAAGACCGGCGCUUUGCCUAUGGCAGGUCUGAUGUGGUUGUACUGUGCUUCUCAAUUGCCAACCCCAACUCGCUGCACCAUGUCAAAACCAUGUGGUACCCCGAAAUCAAGCACUUCUGCCCCCGAGCACCCGUCAUCCUGGUGGGCUGUCAGCUUGACCUGCGCUACGCCGACCUGGAGGCAGUGAACCGAGCACGACGUCCGCUGGCAAGACCGAUUAAAUCCCACGAAAUUCAGCCGCCGGAGAGGGGCCGCGAGGUGGCCAAGGAGAUCGGGGUGCCGUACUACGAGACGAGCGUGGUGGCUCAGUUCGGGGUGAAGGAUGUGUUCGACAACGCCAUUCGCGCCGCCCUCAUCUCGCGGCGGCACCUGCAGUUCUGGAAGUCGCACCUGCGCAACGUGCAGCGUCCGCUCCUGCAGGCUCCCUUCCUGCCGCCCAAGCCCCCGCCGCCCAUCAUCACCAUCCCCGCGCCGCCCUCCUCCAUCGAGGAGCACCCCGUGCGGCUGCUGGAGGACCCGCUGUGCGCCGACGUCAUCCUGGUGCUCCAGGAGCGCGAGCGCAUCUUCGCCCACCGUAUCUACCUGGCCACCGCCUCCUCCAAGUUCUACGACCUCUUCCUGAUGGACGUGGUGCGGGCCACGGCGGCGGCCAACGAGGAGGACCCCUCCUCCUCCGAGCAGCAGCAGCAGCAGCAGCAGUCCCGUCGCCCGGCGCUCCACUCGCGGCCUCCGUCCACGCGGCCCCCCGCCGGCCUGUCGGGCCGCGAGCUGCUGAUGCGCGCGGCCAGCUUCGACGUGUGCGAGAGCGCGGUGGUGGAGGGCGACCGCGCCAACCUGCGCGCCUGCACCAGCGACGGCACCCUGCGGCGCGGCGAGGCCGAGGAGGAGCGCCUGGCCCGCGGGCGCCUCCUCUCCUCCUGGAGCCGGGCCUUCCUGAGCAUCCAGGAGGAGCUGGUGGACGACCCGGUCACCUACAACGCCCGGCCCAUGACGGUGGUGCACAUGGACCCGUCCAUGCAGCCGGGGCCGUUCCGCGCCGUCCUGCGCUACUUGUACACGGGCCAGCUGGACGAGCGCGAGCGCGAGCUCAUGCACAUCGCGCACAUCGCCGAGCUGCUGGAGGUGUUCGACCUGCGCAUGAUGGUGGCCAACAUCCUCAACAACGAGGCCUUCAUGAACCAGGAGAUCACCAAAGCCUUCCACGUGCGGCGCACCAACAGGGUCAAGGAGUGCCUGGCCAAGGGCACCUUCUCGGAUGUGGCGUUCAAGCUGGAUGAUGGGACCAUCAUGGCCCACAAGCCCCUGCUGAUCUCCAGCUGUGACUGGAUGGCUGCGAUGUUUGGAGGGCCUUUUGUGGAGAGUUGCACUAAAGAGGUAUUAUUUCCCAACACCACCACCAGUUGUAUGCGGGCUGUGCUGGAGUACCUGUACACUGGGGUCUUCUGCUCCCGCUCAGACCUAGACUCCAUGGAGCUCAUAGUUCUCGCCAACCGCCUUUGCCUGCCACACCUGGUUGCCCUUACAGAGCUUUACACCGUGACCAUACUGAGGGAGGCUGCCAUGAUGGGAGUUGACAUAGAUGGAGAUGUACUGUUGAAUUUGGAGGUGGCUCAGUUCCAUGGUGCUCAUCAGCUGACGAGCUGGUGCCUCCAUCACAUCUGCACCAACUACAACAGCGUUUGCCGCAAGUUUCCCCGUGACAUGAGAGCCAGGUCUGCAGAGAACCAGGAGUACUUUGAGAAGCAGCGCUGGCCUCCGGUGUGGUACCUGAAAGAGGAUGACCACUACCAGCGUGCUCGGAAGGAGCGCGAGAAAGAGGACUACCUCUACCAGAAGCGGCAGUGCAAGCGCAAGUGGCUUUUCUGGAACCUUCCGUCGUCACCGUCGUCCAGCUCGCCGUCGUCCUCAGGCUCGUCCUCAGCGGUCAUCUGAGAGGCUCUCAGGGUGACGCCCGUGUCU